AUGGCUCCCCAGACGAUGUUCUUCAUGGGCGGGACUGGCUUCAUCGGCAGCGCCGUCCUGCAGCACUUUCUUGGGAACCCCGACUUCGAGAUCACAGUGCUGACGCGUGACGCCGGCAAGGCCAAGAAGCUGACACAGCAGUUUGGAAUACGAACGGUUGUAGGCUCAAUGGAGGUCGAGGGGGAUCUAGAGAUGCUUGAAGCCGAAGCCGCCCAAGCUGACGUGGUUCUGCAGAUCUCUAUCGUUUGGGCAUUCAAGGCCAUCGAUGCCAUAUUGAGAGGGAUGAAGAAGCGCUCAAAGGCUACUGGGAAGAAGCCCAUCCUGGUUUAUACGUCUGGAGGUGGCGCGAUCGUCACGGACACGAAAGCUCUCGGGAACUACGCCGUGAACGAAUAUCGUUCUGAUGUGGACACAGAAUACCUUGUCAACCUUCCUCGCGAUCAUAUCCACUACGAAGGAGAUACGAAAGUACGUUUGGCCGACGAGAAAGACGGCUACAUCCGCACAUAUAUCAUCCUGCCCUCGACUGUGUGGGGUCUGUUGCGUGGGCCAUUGGCCGACGCCGGGAUUGGGCAUCGUCACUCCCAGCCCAUGCCGGCUCUCAUUAUGGCUAGUAUUGCUUGCGGACAAGGCGGAGUGGUCGGCAAGGGUUUGAAUGUCUGGUCGCACAUUGAAGUUCACGAGCUAGCAGAACUAUACCGGCUCAUCGUAGUCAACGCGCUCAACGACGAUCGCUUCCCUAGCGGACGCGAGGGUAUAUACUUCGGGGAGAACGGCUCAUACACCAUGAUAGAGGCCUGCAAGGCCUACUCGAGAGCCCUCUUUGACGCGGGCAAAGCCCGCUCACCCGAGCCGGAGGCGUUUUCAAAGGCAGAACUGCAAGCCAUAGGUUUCCUAGCCCAGUACAUAGGAGCGUCCUCAAUAUGCAGGGCGGAUCGUGGCCGCGCUCUGGGGUGGAAGCCGGCGCUUGGCACAGAUGACUUCCUCGCCAGCCUGAGACCCGAAGUAGAGGCUCUUCUCUUGGGUUCUGCGUAG